GCAGAGCAUUCUGGUUACGUUUUGAUAUGUUAUUUAGGGUAACGAUUGAUACUUCAGUUAGAUAUAAAUAAAAUAUGUAUUUAAUUUGAAUGGCUCCAUUUCUGCACCAUUCUUUCCAAGUGAUCAAUGUGAAGAUAAAUAUUUUAAAAGCAUUGUCUUGUUCUGUGCCCAUGUAUUGUUCUAUGCCUAGGAAAGGACUAAAAUCUUGCUGCUCCUUUUGCAGAUGGCAAAGCCUGAUGGUACAAUAAAGGAAAACAUUAUGGGAGCUCUUUGGUACUACUCGUAGGAUUGCUGAGCUGACAUCUGUGGAUGGAACCAGAAGAGGGGUUGUGCCCCUCUGCGCUCCCAGACUCUUCAGAGAGAGAAAUCUCCUAUGAGAUCAUAGGGAAUUAUGCAAUCCCAAGUGACUAUGAGCAGGAUAUUCUUGAAGGGGAUGAUUCAGAGAAUGUGCAGGAAGAGAUUUUAUCCGGGCAAGCCUCUGAGAAACAGGACAGGCCAGGCUGUUGCUUUGAUCAACCACAAGUUGAAACAGCUGACCCAUCAGAAGGCUUUGAGAUCCUCCAAGAUCUCAUCCCCACAACUGGAACUCCUUUGGGAUUAGAACCAUCGAAUUACACUAAAAGUGGAGAGACCGCCCAAGAAAACACAACCCUUAGUACCCAAGCUGAGAUCUCGUCUAUAGGAGAGAAGCCUCAUAAAUGCACUGAAUGUAGCAAGAGUUUUAGCUGGCAUUCUGACCUAAUAAAACAUCAGCGAAUUCACACAGGAGAGAAGCCCUAUAUCUGUAGCGAAUGUGGGGAAAAUUUCACUGUGAGCUCUCACCUUUUUAUGCACAAGAGAAUCCAUUCAGGAGAGAAGCCAUUCCUUUGUCCUGAGUGUGGGAAAUGCUUCAGUCGAAACACUCAUCUUGUCAGUCACCAGAGAACUCACAUAGGAGAGAAGCCCUUUGAAUGCAGAGAGUGUGGGAAAAGUUUCAGGGAUUGUUCAACCUUGACACAGCACCAGAGAACCCACACCGGUGAGAAGCCUUAUAUAUGCUUUGAGUGUGGGAAAGGCUUUGUACAGAGUUUGCACCUCAUAAGGCACCGGAAAACCCAUGUUGGGGAGAAACUCUAUAAGUGUGCUGAGUGUGGGAAAGACUUCCAUUACAAGACUCACCUUGUGCAACACCACAGGCUUCACGUAGCAUAACAGGGCAAGGAGAGGACUGGCUUCUUGGUCAUGGAAGUUGCUAGGCCAAAUGGAUACUUCUUCCCUGUAGUUAACAGGGACUAGCACUUAGGUGGUUGCAUGUUUGUCAGUGCAAAUAGCAAAUCGGAUUUUGGAUGGUAGAUCAUUGUUUUCCAAAGCACAUUUUAGCAGAUGAAUGAUAUAAACCCAUGUACAUGUGGUGGAGAACCUUGGUCUUUCUAAUUCCUAGAUGCACAUACAUGUUUUUUAAAACAUACAUGUAGAUCAGUGUUGUCCAAACUUGGCCACUUUAAGAUGAGUGGACUUCAACUCCCAGAAUUCCCCAUUCCACUCAUCUUAAAGUGGCCAAGUUUGGACAGCACUGAUGUAGACAUUUGUAGGUGGUCCAAACAGGAUGGACCUGCUGGUAGCAGGAGUUGUAGAAGUGAGGUACACACAGAAAGAUAUGGAGCUUCCCUGGGGAGCAAGGAAGCAGGGCUGGAUGGUAGAGGUCUGAUCAUCUAAGAAAGGCAGGGUACAGGUUGCUAAGACCCAUUGACUGAAGAGCAGACAGGGAAAGAAACAUGUUUUGUAUUCUUUUGUGGUAACAGAAACUCUGCAGUGUUACGUAGUUGAUUUCAAAUGGUGCUUUUGAAAACUCUCCCUUUUCAUCUCCAGGUGGAAAAAUUCCCCUUUCAUAUCCAUACUGUAUGCCAAAGUCAGUGGGUGGGUUGGAGGAGAGUGAGAAGCAGUUUUGGAGGGCUUUUUUUUGGCUUUUUUUUUUUUAAAACCCUCAUUAAAAUAACUUGUCAUCCCAACUUUAAU